ACAGGAUUUUCAGAUUUAAUGCCGUAAUAUUUUUGAAAUAAUUUAAUUGUUUAUAUAUUUCAAUUUAUUUUUAUACAUACAAGAAGAUAGAUUUUUAGCUAACGGCUUGAUGUCACGUGUUGUGGUGUAACGCCGUGUAACCAAAUAUCUGGUGUAACGUAACAAACAGAAGGAAUGAUUAUAUGCUCAUUGAAAAGAAUUGAUCGAACUGAGUUUAGUACUGCGACAAAUAUAGAAUAUAAAUAAUGUGAAGUGUUUAUCAUUUUGCAUUAAUUAUGUUUAUUACGCCACAGAAAGGUAUCAGAUCUGUUCCAGGACACAUCCUUGUCAAUAUUAAGUGGAAAGGUACAAAACUUGGUAAAGAUUUGAAAAGUAAGUCCAUUUUGUUGUGUUAUUCUGUAUGUUGCCUUGUAAUCAAUUUUACUUGUAUUUUAACAAUCUUUUUGUUUUGAACUAGCGAGAGUUGUCUAAAUCACGAUACAGUAACAAUAGGUACUGAUGAUGACCUCACCAAGAUGGUAUCUUACGUCAGUACCAUUUAUUUAUUUCCCUACUUAUUAAGCUCAGUGAAAAUAUGAAAAUUUUGAGCCCUCGUUACUCUUGAACAGAUCACACUGUAACACAUGAAGAAAGCACGGAUUGCCUAAAUGUAUAUCCGCCACUAUCAGUGGUUGCCUGUUUGACUUCAAUCAUUUAAAAUGCUAUUUUAAAUGGAAACAGUAGUCUUAUAAAUUGAAAGAACAAAUUAUUGGAUUAAAGGGUGGUACAAUAGAACAUCAACUGUCCAAAAUAUUUCGGAACUGGCGGUAUUUGUAUAAUGGAUUUUUCGGAUCACCGUUCUGUGUAUCACACAUCUUGCCAAUAUGUACCUUACAUAAAGUAGUACUAGUACAUUAAAGUAAGCCUACAAUUUAGGAAAAGAAGUCCAAAGUUGACUUUUGCUUCAGAUCUAAACUGCAAGCGAAGGGUCAUGUUUGCCGGUUGGCAGGAAAGGAGAAAGUGCUGCUGUGCCCACUAGCGGAACUUCAUGGCACACAAAUUUUAAUUUGCAGACUGAAAUGUUUUCGGUUUACAAAUAUUUCAGUUGAUCUGUAUUAAGAUAAUCAAUACUGUAAUAUAGUAAAGUUAUUAUGCAUAUCCAUUAUCUUACAGUAAUACUUCACAAUACCUACUAUUUCUUAAAGUCGGUUGUCAAAAAUAUAUUAAACUCCAAUUAAUGUGUUUGUUUUAAACACAGUUUUAAACGAAUUUAGUAUCUUAAUUAUCUUUAUUGAUGUUCACUUGCACUUAACGUCAUUCCUUAAAAUGUAUAUCAUUUACCUCCUCUGUGCCUGUAUUAUUCCAACACAUUCCUCUCAUAUCACAAUUUCCCAUAUUUAAAACAAAUUGUGUAUGUAAUUUCUUCGUCACUGCAUAAUGGUUUUAGUUGGUUAGCGUCGCCAACCAGUGGGACUUUACUGGCCUGUAUUUUAAUGUAAUCUGUUGAAUGAUUGUAGGAAGUGCACAAGUAGUUUUCAGCAACGGCAUGGGCGUUGUGGACUUCUGUGUGAAUGACGACCGUUGCAUAUUGUAUUUCACAGAGGCCGAACUGGUCACUGACUUCUGUAGCAAGAAAAUUGAUAAGUUCCAUGAGUUCAAGACUGAUGACAAGUUGGUGAUUGCCAUAAGGAAUUCUAUGACGUCUGAGGCAUUCUCAAACCUUCAAAAAUACGCGGUCAUCAAGUUAGAAAUGGCUCUCCUGCCGGUAUCAUCUAGCUCGGAACUACCAACACUUUUAAGCCAGUUGGCUUCCAUGGACUCCAAGUCGUCGAACCCGUUCCAGUCCCGAGCGAAGACGGGAGAGCAGGAGAGCGACAUUCAGCUGAACUUGGUGGCCCAGAUUCCAUCCGUGGGGCCCAAAAAAGCAGCGGACUUGCUCAAGUCCUUUGGGAACAUACGGAACAUAGCCGCGCAGUCCAAGGACUCGCUGGCCAGCGUAGUGGGGAAAAACGGUGCUGCUAAAGUACUGGAGUACUUCAACGAGUGCAAGUGAUGCACAAAUGUUUGAAAAGAAAAAAAUAACACCUGAACGUGGAUACGUGGUGCAGAGAAUAAAUGCUGUUGACCUCGGGCAGGUGUCCGAGUGCAUUAUAGCAUAAAGCUCCAGACGCACUCAUUCCAGUCCUGUUCAUCAUUUUAAAAAUUUUAAGGAGCAGGCUCUUUUCGCGGGCAUCGCACUGCGCUGCUCUGGCUGCUCUGUCGACCGGCCGAUGUGGCGGACCAUCCCGGACACAAACGCCGUGAGGACCGGCUCCUGCCGCCUGGCGCUC